AUGAACUCAAUAUUAGAAGAUAACAAACUACAACUACUAUCGCUCUCAAAAAAGGUUGUUGCCGACCGUACAAUAGUCAACAAGCUGCUCCAUCUGUGCUGCACCUUCGAUUCUGUUGACUGCGCCACGUCACUACUCAACGGCGAGUUCGGAUCGGUGCCGGUGAUAGAUGAACCAGACUCAGACGGUCUCUGGCCUCUGCACAAGGCCGCAACUGCUAACGCGGCGCGUUGUGUGGAAAUGCUUCUUAAAAAACACGCGCGUACGGAUUUGAAGAGCAGAGAUGGACGCAAGCUGUUAGCUCUGGAGCUGUCCUUGUGUAACACCAGAAAGGAAUUGAUUUGGAAUCUGGAUGAUAAUUCAACCAUUGAAGACUUGGUCGUUCGUAUUAGUGGAAUGGAUUUAACUACACUAAAACUUCUGUCAGAGAAUACGAAGGAAAUAGGUGACGUGGCACUCAAAAUCGCGGAAGCAGGGCGUGUGGUGGAGUUAGCUGCUCUUCUAGUAGUUGCAGCAGCUAAAAUAAAUGAACUGAUUUUAACGGUGCAUGAUGCUGAUUUGGGUUAUAAAGAGAAGACUACAAUUUAUGAGGCUGUGAUUAGAGGGGCUCUGGCACUUGGCCGCCCUACGCCCUCGUUGAGGGUAGCAAAAAGGGUCACCGUUCUUAGCGAGAGGGAGCGUGCUGAGAAAAGGAAACUCUUGCUCUGUGAGAUUGAGUUGCUUCAGCUCUUUGGUGCCGUUGAUCUCAUACGUUGUACGGACAGGAAGCUGCCGUCACUAUUAAUCCGAGCUGCACAGGCUGGAGAUGAAGUCAUUAUAGAGUUGCUUCUGAAGACGAACGUAGACUUAAAUGGUGUUGAUGCUGAUGGACACUCUGCUCUUCAUUGGUGUCUCAAGGCACAUAAGCAAUCAUGUCCUCAGCAGAUGAAAAUUAUGUGGCUUCUACUGAAGCAUGGUGCUCGAGUGAACCAGAAAAAUAAGUUGGGGUUGACUGCGGUUCAUAUUGCUGCUUCAAAUGGUAAUUCACAGGCACUUCAGGCCCUUCUAUUGGAAGACCCAGAUUGUAUCAACUCUAUAACAGAAAUGAAAGAAACCCCAUUAUUUUUUGCUGUGAAGAAUGACAAUAAAGACUGUGCUGAGCUUCUAUUACACUGGGGAGCAAGCACCGGAGUCUUUAAUUUGCGAGGCACCAAGUGCCUCUAUUUACAUGCUGAGGAAGAGCUACAGCAGGUGAAGCAAGGAAGAUCCGCGAUUCAUUCACCUGCUGCAGAGCAACAAGAACGGAAAAUUUUUGUUGGGGGGCUCCCUUCUUCUGUAGAUUCUGACUCUUUAGGAAAACUUUUUGAAGAGCAAUUUGGUUCGGUGGACGAUGCUGUAAUGCUUGGAGUUCAAACAGCAGAUAAGAUACAGUCUCCAGGAUUUGGCUUAGUCACCUUCAAAGAUAAGAAAUCUAUGUCUGCAGCUGUUGAGGCACACCAUGUUAAUAUUAUGGGUAAGCAGGUUGCGAUCAAAAGUGCCGUUCCAAAACUCCUUCCGCUAGUGGAGUUCCAGAAAUUAACCCAACAAUAUGAAAGAAAUCAAAUUGACGAGAAACUUCCACAAGCACGGACGCUCAGAGAGAAAACUGUGAAGGAGAUACCAAGUGAAAAGGCCAAGACUGACGUGCUUAAUUGGCAGACAUCAAGUGAGAAUGAAAAAGUGAUCCUCAGUUGUAAGACCACAGAAGAGAUUAAAUCUGAGUUCAGGACUUGGGCUGAUACGUUAAUCCAUGGUCAACCGAGUGCAUGUUCUAACAAAUCUCAAGCACAUGAAAAAAGUAUGCCUAAGUGGUUCAGAACAUUCAGAAAGUGGCUCCCUAGCUUCUUGCAACAAGUAUCAAGGAGGGGAGGACAAUAUGCUCUAUCAUCUGUGAAAGCUGAUUUCAAGGCCGUUUUUGGUCUAGAAUUAGACCAUGCCUCUCUCGGCUUCUCAAAGCUUAGUCACUUCAUGAAAUCUAUCCCUGAACUUUGUCGCAUUAAGUAUUACAAACCAGUCAAUCAUAUGAUACUUCUGCCUAGUCUCCCUAUGCCUUGUCAGCAGCCAGACAGUCCAUCUUCUCAUGCUACAUCUAUUGGUGAUAGUGGUGAUAGCAAUUCUAAUGGUUCCAAGUGCUAUCAGGAACCUUUUCUAUUGUCCAUUGAGAAUGAUGACUUAAAUGAUAGCAGCACUAGGGUGUCCUGUCAGAUCAUUGAUGAGAAUCCUGAAGAUAAAUCACCCAGUGUGAACUCGAGAUUUCUUCAGUUCUUGAAACCAGACCAAAUCUUUCAUGCUCGACCGUGGGUAAAUAGUGACUCGGAUGGAGGCAAAGAGACCGCUGUUGGUGAAAGAGGAUCGGGAAAGGGGUUUCAAGAGAUCAAGCCCCGGCCUCAAGGAAGGCAUUUGGUUUUAGAGGCCCUGGCAAGAAAAAAGAAUUGCUCAUCUGUUUACUUUCUUCGAGAAUUUGAUUUCUAUGAGAAAUACAAGGCAAGCAUCGCGCAAGGAAGGUGCUACGGGUGCAACGAGCGUCGGAUGUUGUGGGCCAACUUCCCAUGCCUGCACCUGUUGUGGUGUACUGAUUGCAAACUACAAGCUAUGAUGGCAGCUCGCAUUGGUGAACACAACUGUGUGGUGUGUGAUAUCAAAAUGCAGAAAAUAGAUUUGAUAUCCUGGCAUCAAUACUGUCAGCCCAUUAUUGACAUAGCUUACACCAAGGAGUUCCCCCCGUUUGAUCCUGAUUACAUGCGAAAUAAGAAAUCUCUUUCACAGAAAAUUAACAAUCUUGUCGCAGACUGUAUUUCAAUAGAAGAGAAAGCUGCAGUCAUGCGAAGGCCUUCACAGAGUAGCUGUCUGUUACUUGCAGCACCUAGGGAAAGGCUUUUGGAUGAAUAUCCCGAUUCCAACGAAAGGAAUCCUCAAGGAUCCGAAUCUGAAUCCAAUAAUAACAAAACCAGUGAUGUAUUAGGCAAGGCUUUGUCUACGAUCCUAGCCACUGUGAUUAAGGAUUUCGAUUCUAAAGCUCAAGACACUCUCAAUAGCCAAGACCAACUUACUUCUGCUAUCGAUCGUCUUAGUAGAGAUGGUUUUAUAAAAGCUGCUUUAGAUAGACAGCUUCUUCACCUUGCCUGUUGUCUGCUGGGAAUGUUUGCUAGACUAGAGCUUGAUCAGUUGUUGGAAGAUGCACCCUUGCCGUUUAUUAUGCAGCAUGCAGCGAAGAUUUCAGGUGUUCGAAAGAGAGUUUCAUCAUUGAAUUCUGUUCUAAAAUUAAUACAGCGCCGUGUUGAUAAUAUAGACCUACUGCUAUCUGUGGGCAUCCUUCAAAAUGAUGAUGGUCAUUACGGAAGUGAACUGCUUCAUCCAAGAGUGGUGCAAACCUCCUUUGUUAUAGGUUUUGGUAAGUCUUUAGCUCGCAUGACCCAGUUUUCUUAA